GGCUCGGGAGGCGGGCCGUUCGAAAAUAAUGUCACCUCGUUCUUAGUACGGUCUGUCUCGUCAAAAUGGGGCAGGAGUUCGGUUGUUGCUUUUGAUGCUGGUGUUCAUCUGGGGGCUAUCGCGAAGAUAUUGGAGGACACCCAACCAAUGACGUUGACAAAGGAGUCGCUUCCACAUACUCUGACUACCGGUCCUUUUGCCGGACUCGAGAUCAAUAAUGUCAGCCCCAAGGCGAACGCCCUUGAUAUUGUGCAGGACUUGGUCGAGACCUAUGUCAUCAGCCACCCGCACCUGGACCACAUUGCUGGGUUGGUCGUCAACACUGCUGGCAUGCGCCGACCCAAGAGGCUAGCCGGUCUUCCAGUGACGAUAGAGGGGUUCAAGAAACACAUUUUCAACAAUAUCAUCUGGCCAAAUUUGAGCGACGAGAACAACGGCCACGGGCUGAUUACUUACAUGAGGCUGGUGGAGGGUGGCUCUCCAGCUCUCGGGGAGGGGGACACCAGAGGCUAUCUCGAGAUAGGGGAUGGCCUAGCCAUCAAAGUCUUCAGCGUCAGCCACGGCCACUGUGUAGAGAAACACAGCCACCGAGGCAGCACAACCAGCAUGCGACACGGCAGCUUCGACGCCUCUUCCCUCGGCCCGGCGUCGUUCGAUCUCAGAGGUAGCAUGUCCGGCCGCCGCUCCCCCAGCAGGUCAAUAGCCCUAGGCCUCAACCACCCCGGCACGAGCAUCUCCCUCCCGCCAUUCAUCCAGCUCCAACAACAAGAACGCGCCCAAUCAGUCGCCCCCGGCCGAACCUCUUCCCUGUCUGACCGACUCCCCCUCGAAGAAUCCUACUGCGUCUACGACAGCUCGGCCUACUUCUUCCAGCACGUCCCCACCGGAAGGGAAAUCCUCAUGUUUGGCGACGUCGAGCCCGACAGCGAAAGCCUCACGCCCCGCAACCUAUUCGUCUGGCAGAUUGCCGCGCCCAAGAUCGCGGCGGGGAAAUUAACAGCCAUUUUUAUCGAGUGCAGUUAUGACAACUCUGUCACCCGGGACAGGUUAUACGGCCACCUGGCACCGAGAUAUCUCGCCGAAGAAAUGACGGCUCUGGCAAAGGAGGUUUUGGCAGCGAAAAACGCGCCCCCUGCACCACCACCACCACCGCAGACAUACCCUUCUUCUCGAAGACCAAGCCAUGCUUCUGUCAUGCCUAAAUCCCGAAGGACAAGCCACGCGGAGAAUGUGCUCUAUCCUCAGAGCAGAAGGGGUAGCAUAACCAGUGCCCCGGCUGCCGACAACAAAAAACGGAAGAGGGAAGCCAGUGGUGCUUCGGGAUUGGAAGAUGGGGCGAGCAUACAGCUGUCCAAAAGAAAAAGUACACCCCAGCCGCAGGUCAAAACGGAGGGGACGGGGGCGGGGAAUACAAAGCAGCCGGAAAAGGAGGACCAUCCCAUAUCACCGAGGACGGUGCAGCCUAAUCGUCGGGCUGUAGAUGGCACCGUUCCACAAGAUUACUUUUUGCAGGGUGGGAAUAAUCAGGGGGGUGGAAACCAACCACCUACACCGCACCUGGCGACCCCAACGGGGGAGUUGAGCUUGUCGGACGUCGAACCUGCUGGUGUCCGACCCCCCCAGGAGGAUGUCAACAUGCAGGAGGGCCCGGCGACGCCGCUGAGCAACGACCCCUAUGCUACACUGACCGAGUCGGUAGAAGGAGAUGGCGACGACGAAAACCAAGACAAGGAGAUGAUGGAAGAGGAGAAUGAGCUGAGAGGGCUGUUGAGGGGGUUGAAGGUGGUGAUUAUACAUGUCAAGGACAAGUUGGGGGAGGACGGGGUGGAGGCGAGGGAGGUUAUACAAGAGGAACUGAGGGAGGUGGAGAGGGGGUUGGGGUUGGGGUGUGAGUUUGUUGUCUGUAGGCAGGGGGAUAGUUUGUUUUUAUAG